AAAAAAAAACUUUUAUGGGGGGCCCUGGCGCCACAGUUUUUUUUAAUUCAUAAGGGGGCCCUGACCAUCAAUAGCAUUUUAUAAGUUGAGUGUCUAGUGGGUUACCUUUUUUAGUUUUCAUGUCUGUGGGGUCUUUUAACUGUGGAGUGGGCAGGAUCUGGGGUGGGGCUUGUGGGUCGAAAAUUUUUGUUGUAUGGGCUGUGAUUUCUAAUGGCGGCCCUGGGUGUAACUUGGGGAAUGCCCCAUGUGCAUGAUUCCUCUAACAGGAGGAGGUCCAGCAGCUGCCACAUUCCCUCAUGAGUGGGUGACGGGUUCAGGAAGGUGGCCUGAAGCAGCUAUAGGGUAUAGGGCUGGAGGGGUGAAGUGAUUAAAUACGCCAAAUCUGCUGCGUUUGCACCAAUAACAACGUAAGUAAACUCAAGUCAUGUUCACUCUGCUGAGCCCUAGCAUUUCGGUAAAACGCUUUCAUUUGUAGUUGUGCAGAAGCUGGAGGGCUCCAUGAUUAUAAAGCAAAAGAUUAAUAAAUCCUGGUUAAUGUUGGAUAAGACACGUCGAACAUACAAACGAAUCACAGCCCUCCCCCCACUGUGCACACAAUCAACUACCCUGUGCCAUCCCAGCGGCUGGGAGCCAGGUGAUUAUCCUAAUUAAUGCCUAUCUAAUUAAAUUACUGUCAGCGGUGAACCAAUGGCAAGAGUCGUUUCAUCAGCGCUAGUGAGUGGCGGGAUCAAAAGUGAGUGUUAUUGCUGCAUGGAGUCAAUUGGCCAAUCGGAUCUUCCCUGGAUAGGGGAUCAAAGCUCUGGGAAGCUCCAGGAAAGUGUCCUAGUCUAAAGGGGCUGUGAUAGUUCCCCUGGAUGUGGCAGUUCAUGGCAGGGUUGAGGGGAGUGUAGGGACUAGCGAUGCAGGUGGAUCAAUGUCUCUCUUCCUCUAUGAUGCUCUCCAAGAAAUUCCUAAGUGUCAGCGGCAGUUACCCCCAUCCAGCGGCAUCUGAGCUGGCUUUGCACGAUCAUCCUAUUAUCUCCACUGCUGACAACCUGGAGAGAAGUUCACCUCUGAAAAAAACGACUGUCAGGGGGAUGACGAAUCAGUCAGAUGCAGACAGUUUCUCUGGCUCUAAGGACACACCAGGGGACGGCCAGAGGAGUAAGCUGUCUCCAGUCUUGGAUGGGGUCUCUGAGAUUCGUCACAAUUUCGAUGGAUCUGCAGCAGAUCGUUAUCUCUCUCCCUCAGUCCAGUCAGUCCCAGUCUGCUGCCUUGCUCCUACUACUACUACUAUGUUUCCUUAUCCAAGCCAGCAUGGAGCUGCUCACCCAGCCUUCUCCAUCGGAAGCCCCAGCAGGUACAUGGCUCACCACCCUGUCAUCGCCAAUGGAGCUUACAACAGUCUCCUGGGCAAUUCUUCUCCACAAGGAUACCCAGCCACUGGAUACCCCUACAGCCAGCAGUAUGGCCAUUCCUACCAGGCUGCUCCCUUCUACCAGUUCUCUGCCACCCAGCCUGGACUAGUCCCUGGCAAAGCCCAGGUCUACCUGUGUAAUAGGCCACUCUGGCUCAAGUUUCACAGGCACCAAACCGAAAUGAUCAUCACCAAGCAAGGCAGGCGUAUGUUCCCUUUCCUGAGUUUUAACAUUUCGGGGCUGGAUCCCACGGCGCAUUACAAUAUUUUUGUUGAUGUGAUUCUGGCUGAUCCCAAUCACUGGAGAUUCCAAAGGGGGCAAGUGGCGUAGCCUGUUGGGCAAAGCGGACCACCAAACGUUCAAGGCAAUAGGGUGUAUAUGCACCCCGACUCACCAAACACUGGAGCCCACUGGAUGCGCCAGGAAAUCUCUUUUGGCAAAAUGAAACUCACCAACAACAAAGGGGCUUCCAAUAACAACGGACAGAUGGUUGUCUUGCAGUCUCUACACAAGUAUCAACCUCGGCUACACGUGGUGGAGGUGAAUGAGGAUGGCACAGAAGAUACCAGUCAACCUGGAAGGGUCCAGACCUUUACCUUCCCAGAGACCCAGUUCAUUGCGGUGACUGCCUACCAGAAUACCGAUAUCACACAAUUGAAAAUUGACCAUAACCCAUUUGCCAAAGGAUUUCGGGACAAUUAUGACACGAUCUACACAGGCUGUGACUUGGAUCGACUCACUCCAUCUCCCAAUGACUCCCCGCGCUCCCAAAUUGUGCCCGGGGCCCGUUAUUCCAUGGCCAGUACCUUCCUGCAGGACCAGUUUGUCAGUAGCUAUGCCAAGUCACGUUUCCACCCUCCGGGAGCAGUGCCAGGUCCAGGAACUGACCGUAGUGUCCCCCAUACUAACGGGCUGCUGUCACCCCAACAAGGGGAGGACCCUGGUGCUCUAUCCCCACAGCGCUGGUUUGUAACUCCAGCCAACAACAGGCUUGACUUCACCUCCGCCUCUGCCUACGAUGCGGCCACGGACUUCGCAGGCAACGCUGCCACGUUGUUGUCCUACGCUGCGGCCGGAGUCAAGGCGCUUCCUCUGCCUGGGACUGGCUGUACAGCGCGCCCUCUUGGUUACUACAGUGAUCCCACUGGGUGGGGAGCACGGAGCCCCUCUCAGUACUGCACGAAGUCUGGCUCUGUGCUACCUUGCUGGGCUCCAGGGGGCAGAGUAGCGACCACUAACCCUUACCUGACAGGGAGUGAGGACGUAGAAAAUCUGACAACUGCAGAUAGGUCUCCUUUGGGUGAGGAUACAAAACCCAAAGACCUUUCCGACUCCAGCUGGAUCGAGACACCUCCUUCUAUCAAGUCGAUGGACUCCACUGACUCCGGGAUAUACGAACAGGCCAAGAGAAGGAGGCUCUCACCCUCCGACCCUGCGGUGUCGGGCAGCUCCUCACCAUUAAAGAGUGAAGUGGUACCCCCUAGGGACUGUGAGAAAAAUUGUAUCAAGGACCUGAGUUAUUAUGGUUUCUACACUCACACUUAGGCUACCACCUCCUCCAUAAUGUCCUCAUUUAACUUCAGGCAUCCUGAGAACAAUCAUUGGCCAAGCGAACAUUGGUGGGACACUGAUGCUCUGUUCUAUGGCUUUACACAAUCGUGCAACUACAGAGGCAAGAAGCCCUUCAACAGCACUAACACCCAUCCAUUACCUUCUGACAGGGUCUAGCAUGGACAUCCGCUCAGCUAUAUCUAAAGUAUCAACUGUUUUACCAGCUCCACAUCUUCUCUGUCUGUGGAUGUUUCAGCACCUCGGACAGCAAUGGGAUGUUUCAGCACUAAGGACAGCGCAAGGCUUCCUUUCAAACUCUGCCAAUAAGCACAGUCUUCUCCCAUGGUCAUUAUCGUUCAUGGUAGGGAUGUGGUCCAGACCUCUGGUAAAUCUAACAAAUGACUCUACUAAUAAUGUUAUUUUUCAUUUGUCAUCUCUAAAGUCGCCAGCAGAUUGAACCGACAAGCUGCGGCCCUCGAGCCUGUUGCUCAACUGCAACCAAGGCGGGGUGCUGGGAGUUCUACUAUAUCAACAACUGAAGGGCCCUGUGAGGUCAUACUUAAGUGAGAAUAUAUUAAUAAACAAGUGGCCAUUUAUUUUUUUUCAAGUUAUACUAGAAUCUUAAUAAUGACUUCAAUAGUGCCCGAACGAUUCACCUGCACACGUGUUUGACUAUGUUAGUGUCAUCAAUACAGAUUUUAUAUCUAAAGGAAAAACCCAUUCAUAUCACCUCUCAUGUAUUGUGCCAAAUUAAUGCUGUUGCCAAAACGUUAAAUCCACUCUCAUCUGAGCCAGCAUUUUUUAAAUUCCUUAAAACCGUAUGUAAUUAAGAACAAUACAUUUCAUAUAUUUCUUUGGGGGUGCAGGACUGCUGGCAACCUGUGGUCAAGUCCGGUGAAUUUGAGUUGUAAAUUGUAUCUUUUAUGAUUUUUAGAUUAAGGGCCCAUUUCUUUUAAUAACGUAAGAUAAAUAGUACCACUGUGUUUUCUGUUUUUAUUUUUGUCUCGUUUUAUGGUUCUGUAGUAGACCAUGCACUUUUUUCGAAUUUAUUUUUGUCUUGUAUAUCAAGAAUGUCCAGACCUGUACACAAUCUAAAUUAAAUACCAGAGAGUCCCUGUUUCAUUCGAACUCUUCUGUAAAUGCUGUGGCUUUCAUUUCAUUUUCUACCUUCUAUUUGUAUAUAUUUGUUCUGUCGCUUAGAUCGAGUUGGAAGCAUCUGUGCUUUAGUUGCUUUGCUCGUUUGUAUUGGCUGUAUAGCAACUGAAAUAAAUCCGGGUAAUUGCUUCAUA